AUGACACCUUCUUAUCUAGAAAUAAUUUUAGUGGGAUUUAUAUUAAUCCUACCGUUUCUCUAUGAGACCAGCAGUACAUUUAGAUAUUAUUUUAAAUUUUUAUUGUACUACGGUAUUGUUAUGGCUAAUUCAUUAAUUUUGAUACCUAUUAUGGUGUUCCGUCCGGGAAAUGUUAAAAAUCUUUUAUUGGCCUCAUCAAUUUGCCAUCACGUAAGCAAUUUACUUGGAUUAAAAUGGGAAUUGCGAAACCGGGAAAACUUGGAAAAAGAACAAGCAUGUAUCGUUGUCGCUAAUCACCAGAGCUCAUUGGACAUACUGGGGAUGUUCGAGAUGUGGCCGGUGAUGGACAAGUGUACAGUUGUUGCUAAAAAAGAAUUAUUUUACGCUUGGCCCUUUGGGCUGGCUGCUUGGCUGUGUGAGGGGACGCGACACAAUACCGGAGAAAUCCAUCCAUUUAAAAAAGGUGCUUUUCAUGUUGCUGUUAACUCACAAUUACCCAUUUUACCAGUUGUAUUUUCUUCUUAUUAUUUUUUAUCUAAAAAGGAUAAGCGAUUUGAUCCAGGACGUGUUAUCAUCACAACUUUACCACCCAUACUCACCAAAGGCCUAGGACCGGAAGAUAUUGAAGCGUUGAUGGAAAAAACUCGUAAUUCUAUGACACAAGUAUUUUACUCAAGCUCUCGUGAAGUACAACAGUCGCUCAACUCAUGCAAACAUUAA